ACAAAAAAAUGGCGGCUGUGUUGCAGGAAAUGUUGGAGCGGUCGGAGAUAUCAAAACUCCCCAAAACUGUCUUAACUAAGUUAGAGAAGUACAUUUCUGAACAGCAAUGUGAAGUUGAUUGUCUGAAAGCACAACAGGAGCAAUAUCGUGUGGAUAAUGAACAACAGUAUUUUGACAUUGAGAAGAAGUUCGCAGAGAGUCACUCUCAGUUUGUGUCCCAGACUCAAGAGCAUCAGAUACUGAAAGAAGAGUACUGCAAACUGGAGGAUGAGCUGAAAUGCUUACGAGAGAAAAAUAAGGAGCAAGUGUCUUCAUACACCAAACUAGAAUUACAACAGAAUGAACUUUCCAAAGCCAAAGAUGAGCUUGAGGCAGAAAAACGAGAACUUGUGCGGACAUUGGAAAGAAGAUCCCAGGAGAUGGAACGACAAAGCGAGGACCUGAAGCAUCUUAAUGAUAGAUUGGUGGAAGUCAAUGCAGAGAAGAUGCAGUUUCAGCUCAAGCUGGAUGAGUCAGAAGCCACUGAGGUCUCAAUCAAGUUUAAAGAGAAACGAAUGGAGCAGGAGAAAGAUCUACUCCAGGGUCAGGUGACCUGGCUGAAUACUGAGCUUAAAGCCAAGAGUGAAGAGCUGCUGUCUAUUUCCCGGCAGAAAGGCAAUGAGAUCCUGGAACUCCAAUGCAACCUUAAUAACAAGGAGGAUGAAAUCGCCUGCCUCCAAGAUCAGGUGACCAGUCUGAAGGCAUCCAAUGAGAACCUUCAGAGGCAAGCUGAGGAAGUGAUUACUAAGAUGAGAGAGGCAAAGGAACAGCAAGCCAGUUUGGAGGAGAAGUUCAGUAAUGAGCUCAAUGCCAACAUCAAACUCUCAAAUUUGUAUAAGGGAGCGGCAGCUGAUGCAGAGGCCAAGAGUGAGGAGCUCAGCAGAGCUGUUGAUGAACUUCACAAGCUGCUUAAAGAGGCUGGAGAGGCGCACAAAGCUCUGGAAGUGAAGAUGGCAGAGCUGGAGAGUUGUAAAGACAAAGAAAUCGCUGAACUGAAAGAGAAAAUAAGCAGCCAGGAGAAAGAGCUGGAAAAUGCAAAUGAUCUGCUGUCUGACACCAAACACAGAGGGGAGCAGGUGACCACAAUGUCUCCCACAGCUGCUGCAGUUGCCAAAAUCAUCAAACCAGGCAUGAAACUUACAGAGAUUUAUACAGCUUAUGUUGAGACCCAAGAACAGCUACAACGUGAGAAACUAGAGAACAAACGACUGCACAAGUACCUGGAUGACAUUGUGCAGGAGAUGGAAGCAAAGGCGCCCAUCCUGAAGAGACAGAGAGAGGAGUAUGAGCGCAUGCAAAAGUCUGUUUCCAGUCUCUCUGCUAAAUUAGAGCAAGCUGUCACGGAGGUCCACCGCUUGCAGAAAGAAGCAGAUGAAAGCAACAAACGUUCAUCUGUGUUGGAGAGAGAUAACCAGAGGUUUGAGGUGCAGCUGGCUGACAUGUCUCAACAGGUGCGGGUCCUCCUCAUUGAGCUGGAGGAAGCACGUGGUAACCAUGUGAUGCGUGAGGAGGAUGAGGUGUGUUCAGCGGAUGUGAGCAGCACUUCAGAGGUGAUUUCUCAGCACCUGGUCACCUUCCGCAGCGUUGAAGAGCUGCAGCAGCAGAACCAGCGACUCCUAGUGGCACUAAGAGACCUCAGUGAGGAAAAGGAAAAGGUUGAGUUGGAGGGAGACACCAUGAAACGCAGUGAGGUGGAGAAAUAUCUUGAGGAGCUUCAGUGUGAGUUGGAGCAGCUGAAGGAAAAGAGAGCUCAGGAUCUGCAGAAGGUUGACGCUGUGGCACGACAAAGGGAUAUGUUCCGCAUGCUUCUGACCCAGGCCACUGGAUUCACCUUCCCACAGGGUGCUGGUAAUGAGGAGCUUAUGCUGACCUCAACCCCCCGCUGUUCUCCAGCCGUCACACCCACUGCAGGCACCCCUACAGUACUGGUUGCCACGGCAAUAGAGUCCACCGAGUCGGUAGAGGCCAAGGCUGCUCUGAAGCAGCUUCAGGAAGUCUUUGUGGCCUAUAAAAAGGAAAAAACUGAGUCUGAAAAAGUCCUGACUGGGCAAAGCGACAAACUGCAGGAUCAAGUGACCGAACUGCGUUCUGAAAACACCAAGAUCUCCACACAGCUGGAGUUCACCUCCAAGCGGUAUGAGAUGCUCCAGGAUAACGUGGAGGGAUACCGUAAGGAGAUUGCCUCUCUGAAUGAGAAGACUCAGAAACGGGCUGCAGCAAUUCAGCAGAGUGAACAGACCAUACACACCCUCACCCAGGACCUGCGAGCAGCAGCUGAGAAACUCUCAACAGUUGAGUCUGAAGCAGAGAACCUGCGUAAAGAGAGAGACAUGUUGAAGAUGGUGGAGAUCAGACUGACACAAGAGAAAGAGUCCUUCCAGGCCCAACAGCUUGGCCAGAACAUGUUGCUGACCAACCUCAAAUCAAUACAGGCAACUCUGGAGCACUCCGAGACGGAUACCAGACAGCGGCUGACUGCUCAGAUUGAGAAGCAGGAGCGAGAGAUCACUCAGCUCCAGAAGAGACUCGAGAAUGAGGUGGAACAGAAGCACCUGCUGGCACGCAAUCAAGACAUGCAGCUGAUGGAUGUUAAGAAGCAGCUGGAAACACAGACUUCACAGUACCACAGGACAAGAGAACAGCUUAGUGCUGCCCAACUCGAGCUUAACAACCUAAAGCUGCAGAUGAGUAGCAGGGAGAGCCGGCUGGUGUCCCCUAUGGUACAUAAAGGCCUGCAGAGCAGUGAAGGUGACAUGGAGGCUCUGCGUGCCCAGCUGAGGCAGGCUGAGAGCAAGGGAGAAGAGCUGGCCGAACGACUGAAGAACACUACUGCCAACAUGGAACAGUACAAGGCCAUGAGUCUUAACUUAGAGGAGUCCUUGGAUAAAGAGAAACAGGUAACUGAGCAUGUGCGAUCGUCUGUGCAAUCCCAAGUGGAGGCAGCUCAGGAACAGUGUAAACAGCUGGAGCAGAAACUUCUGGAAGCGGACAAGGAGAAGCAGAGCUUGCUGGAAGAGAAAAGCAGAGCCUUUGCCGCAGUGGAGCAAGAGUUGAGCAAGCUGAGGAAAUCUCUAAGCAGCCUGCAGGCGGAACACCAGAAUGCCCUGGAGAGAGCUGCUGUUGCUGCUGCACAAGAGCAGCAGGCCAUCCUGGACAGUCAGGAGCAGGCUAAGAUGGCAGCUGAGGCGCAGGAUAAGUAUGAGAGGGAGAUGUUGCUGCAUGUGGCCGAUGUGGAAGCACUGCAGGCUGCCAAAGCACAGGCUCUGCAGGCAGCUCAUCUCAGACAGCAGCUGGAGGAGAAAGUUCAGAGCACCAGUGCACAGCUGCUAGAGGCUCGUGUCUCUUGGGAGGAGCAAGAGAAGAUAAUCAAGGAGGAGCAGUCUAAGUUAGAGUCUCGCUGUGAAGAUCUGCAGAGGCAGAACACACUCCUUCACGAGCAGAUACAGACUCUGAGUGGACAAAUGGCCAGUCAGCUGCAGCGAGCCACCAGUGAGAGUCCUCUCAACGUCUCUCUGACAGAGGAGGGCAAGUCUCAGGAGCAGCUCAUAGAGAUCCUAAGGUUUGUGCGACGGGAGAAGGAGAUCGCAGAGUCUCGGUUUGAGGUGGUCCAGGGUGAGAGUCUGAGGCACAGGCUAAGAGUGGAACAUCUGGAGAGAGAGCUGAAGGAUGUGCAAGAGAGUCUAAAUGCGGAGAGAGAGAGGAUGCAGGUGACUGCAAAGACUCUGACCCAGCAUGAUGAGCUGAUGAAGAAGACAGAAACCAUGAAUGUGCUAAUGGAGACCAAUAAGAUGCUGAGGGAGGAGAAAGAGAAACUGGAACAGGAGCUGCAGGAUACUCAAGCCAAGGUGCGUAAACUGGAGUCAGACAUCUUGCCCAUGCAGGAGUCCAAUGCAGAGCUGAGUGAGAAGAGUGGUAUGCUACAGGCAGAGAAGAAGCUUCUGGAAGAAGAUAUCAAACGCUGGAAAGCUCGCACUCAGCACCUGGUGAGCCAGCAGAAGGACACUGACCCAGAGGAGUACAAGCGCCUGCACUCUGAGAGGGAAGCGCAUCUCAAACGCAUCCAGCAGCUUGUCGAGGAUACCAGUCGGCUCAAAGCUGAUGUUGCCAGGAGCAGUGGCUCUUUGACUAUGCUGCAAUCCCAGGUGCAGAACCUAAGGGAGAACUUGGGGAAGGUGAUGGUGGAGAGGGACAGCCUGAAGAAAGACCAGGAGGCCAAAAAUCUGGACAUCCAGGAGAAACUGAAAACCAUCACACAAGUUAAAAAGAUUGGUCGACGUUACAAAACCCAGUACGAGGAACUCAAGGUGGAAUAUGACAAGUUGGUAGCUGCAGCGGCAUCUGCACCAGCCCAGGAUCAAGAGGCACAGCAGGCAUCAGCUCAAGAACUUCAGGCCGUCAAGGAGUCCCUCAACCAAUCAGAGAACAGGACAAGAGAACUGGAAGACCAUCUGGAGAAUCUCAGUAGAACUGUAGGUGAGCGGGAAGCAGAGGCACGCAGUGCACAGGAACAGGCCACUCGUCUACAGGCAGAGCUAACACGACUCAGGCAGGAGCUUCAAGAGAAAUCAUCUCAGGAGGAGCGACUCAAACAGCAGCUGACUGAAAAGGAGGAGAGGACCAAGAAGGCUAUAGUAAUGGCCAAGCAGAAGAUCAGCCAGCUUACUGGUGUAAAAGGUCAGCUCCAGAAAGAAAAUGAGGAGCUGAAGCAACAAAAAGAGGAAAUGGAAGUGCGAGUGAGUGCACUAAAGUCACAGUAUGAGGGGCGUCUGAGCAGACAGGAAAGGGAGCUGCGAGACCUCCGCGAGCAGCAGGAGAGACAUGGAGAACAGAGAGAUGAACCUCCAGAACAGGGCUCCAGCAAGACCCAGGAACCGCAAAGGACAACAGAACAGCGACAGAUCUCCCUGAAGUCCACACCAGUGGCAGAAAGAGGAAGUGCAAGCUCUUCAGAACCUCCAACUGCUAACAUAAAGCCCACGCCACUGGCAGCAACCCCCAGCAAGCCUCCAGCCAUUCCAGGAAACAAAUCCACCCCAAGGGCCAGCAUCAAACCCAUGAUCACUCCUGCCCCAGUGCCCACCCCUACACCCACUGCCACAGUCAUGCCCACCACGCAGGUGGAGAGCCAAGAGCCCAUGCAGUCGUCCGAGGGCCCACUUGAGCAUGUGACUGUGUAUGGAAGUGCCAGCGGUUCAGUGCGGUCCACCAGCCCUAAUGUUCAGACCACCCUUGCUCAACCUCUGCUGAACGUUCAACAGCAGAGCCAGGCCACUGCAUUCAUACAGCCCACCCAGCAACAGACCCAGCCCCCUGCUGAACCAUCCAAUCAGGAACCUCCAGCUGCUGUAAUGUUCCCAAACCCACAGUUAGACAGGCCUCUUUCUACAUCUACGGGGAUGUGGAGUGCCACCGCUAGCACAAGCAGUGCCAGUGCAGUGUCCGCAUCUCCUAGUAGUGCCUUGAGCAAACGCCCCCGUGAAGAGGAACAAGAGAGCAUGUCUGCUGACACACAGUCCCAGGAUGAGCCCAAUGACACACCCAUUUGCAAGAGGGUUUGCAUUCAUAGAGUAGGUCUGGAGGAAGAGAUGUUGGCUGAAGACAGCACUGAGGCUGAGAGUGUUGUACCGGGUGAUAGCCAGGAGGCUCCUGAUGCUCGACAGGAGUUGGAGUGCUACUCUACUUUGGAGGAGAUGGAUGAGGCACCAGGACCAUCUCAGUCUGUCCCUGGAGGUCGACUUCUGCCCCAUCCCUCUGAGACCCAUCGAAGCCUGGAGGAGCCUGAUCAUCAUGUCAUAGUCAUUGUUAGUGACACAGAUAGUGAGGGAGACCACGAAGAGGAAUCCGAGGAGGAGGAGGAGGAGGAAGAAGAGCAGGAUUAUGAGGAUGAGGAAGAGGAGGAUGAGGAAGAUGAUGAUGAUGAGGAGGAGGAUGGUGGUAUUGGGGAAGAGGGAGAAGAGAGCAAUGAAGGGAGCAGCAGCAGAGAUGGCAAUGAGGCCUACGAGGGAGACGACACAGAGGGCCCUGAUCCCACAGAUCCAGGCACUGAGACAGAGGAAAGUCUUGGAGCGACAGACUCCACCCAACGCAUGGCAGAUUCUCAGAGCUUUGAAACUAGCACAUUGGAUGCUUUUGAAGCACCUGUCACCAGCUCUGCCCCUCGACCUCACCCCCAAUCACCCAGGAGACCUCAGCAUCCUCUUCCACCUCGUCUAAACAUCUUGGCCCCACCUGCUCAAGAGUUGGGACCCCCUCCACAAGUCCAGAGGCUCCCAGUUCGACGGCCGUCAAUGGGACGAGGCCUCCAGCUUACUUCUGGAAUGGCCAGUAGUGCACAGCAUUUCUAUGAGGAUGAUGACAGGAUGGUUCCUAGUACCCCUACACUUCCUCCUCCUCGCUCAGACGGAUUUGCUGAAGCAAUCCAUUCUCCACAGGUCGCAGGCGUAUCACGAUUUCGAUUCGGUCCUUCAGAUGACCUCCCGCAGACCAGCUCCUCUCAUUCAGACCUUUGCCUGCUGCCCUCACAAGGUUUAGGCAUGUUUGAGAGUUCUGUUUUCCUUGGAGCUCAUGAGGAGGAGUCAGGAGGACGCAGUGUGCCCACAACCCCACUACAGAUUGCCGCUCCUGUGACAAUUUUAUCAGAGACUGUGGCAUCUGAAGCAAUUGAGCAUGCUUCUCAGUCUGUGCCCAUGGUGAGCACCUCCACACCCGGCCUUAGUGCUCCUGCAGGCCCUAGUGGAAUGGAGGAGAGAGACGACUUGUUCAUGGAUGCAGGAGACAGUGCUGAAGCUUCACUUGAUGCUGUGUCACAGACUGAGGCGGAGGAACCAGCCCAGCCCUCAGAGGAGGCCAGUCUGCCUUCCACAAGCCAGGAACCUUCAUCUAGUUCUGCAGACACAAGCAGCUCUCAGCCUCCUAAAGUCCGAACGGGAUCUGGGAGACAGUGGACUGGUGGUCGUGGUUCAAUGGGCUUUGUAAAGAGAGGUAAGAAUAUGAACAAUUUUCUCCAAAUGUGGCAAAUAUCUUUAUUUUUAUUUUUUCAGACAUUUAGUUUUUAACCCAGCUGUAUUAACACAGUAAUAUUUAACAUAAUCAAGUGGAUUUGACAUCUUUCUUGUAGAUGGCAUCACGUGUGUGAGGGGACGUUUUGCCAGGUGAAGCAGUUCUGAAGCAACACAUUCUGAAUUAAUAGCUCCAAAAGAACACAGCCAUACUUUUGGUCUGCUUGUCAAUGUAUUAUAAUUUUUGCUUGUUAGUUUAAUGCUCUGAGCAAUCCAUCAAUGUUAUUUUAAUGAUUUUACAUCCGUACAAUAAAAUUGUUUUGAAGGAAGUCUUUGUUUGUCCUUAAUUCCAUCUCCAAAGAUGCAGCAUUACUAUCAAAGGUUGUUUUGCACUGCACCUAAGACAGGUGCAUCACUAAAAAUAUAAAUUUACCACAAAUGGCA